AUGGCGCGUUGUCGCGGCGACAGGUUCGGCAGCCCAGCCGCGCGGCGCUUCCAGCGCCUCCCCCCGUCCAUCUGGAGAGAUCUUUCCGCGUGUUCUUCCCCGUGGGCGCUUUCCGCCAUCCCCCAGAAAAGGUCGUUGCGCCCCGCGCGGGGACAAACCCCCCCCGCGCCGGCGCUCCGCAGCCCCGAAGCGGUGAUCUGCGCAACGCGUCUGUCGGCGCGUUUGGCGGCGACGAUCGCUCUCCUGCUCGUCGCCAGCAUGUGCGGCGGCUUCUGCGGCCGCGCUAGCGCCGUCGCUGUCAAUUAUAACGACUCGCCUUUCUUUAGGCGCCCCAACCUAGAGCUCCCCCUUCCCCCAAGCCGAGCUUCACUGCACCCGCCCAACGCGCUCUAUUCCCACCUCCCCCCCUCUUUCCGCUUCCCCCCAAUCACAUGCAAGUGCUCCCCCUCCCCCGGUGCGCCCAAGGGUCGCACUCUUCUCUCUGCGCGCCGAGCUGAGCCUCACCACGCCCGCCUCGCGCACGCCCAAGGCGCUCUGGGCGGCGCUGCGCUGCUGUCUCUGCGCGGCGAGCUGAGCUUCACCGUCCCUGCCUCGCGCACGCCCAAGGCGCUCUGUUCUUUCCCCCUCCCCUCCCCCUUCUUCCCCGCUCCCCCCCAACCCUCCCCCUCCCCCCCAACCCCCCCCCUUUCCUCCCUCUUCCCUCCCCCCCCUGUGCUCCCCAGGGGGCGCGUUGCUGUCACUGCGCGCCGAGCUAAGCUUCACCGUCCCCGCUGCACUCACUCACGCCCAAGGCGCUGGGCCGCACUCCUCUUGCUGCGCGCCGAGCUCAACAUCACUGUCUCUGCCUCGCGCACGCCCAAGGCUCCUAGGGCCGCACUCCUCUCGCUGCGCGCCGAGCUCAACUUCACUGUGCCCGCAUCGCGCACGCCCAAGGCGCUGUGGGUGUCGCGGGGGAGUUGUGGCGAUCUGUAUGGCGUGCGGUGCGACGAGCAGGGCAGCGUGACCUCGCUGGGUUGUGACGACCUGUAUGGGGUGCGCUGCGACGACCAGGGCAGCGCCAGCUCCCUCGUCACAGGCACGCUUCCCUCUGCAAUCGGCAACCUCACAGCUCUCACCACACUCUCCGUCUCUUCCAGCCUCUCAUGCCCGCUCCCAUCCUCUCUCACCACUCUCACCGCGCUGGUCAAUCUCCAUCUCGGCCGCAACAGCCUCUCCUGCUCGCUGCCGCCCUGGCUCACCACGCUCUCGAAGCUCAAGAUUCUGAGCAUAGAAUGGAACAAGAUCACAGGCAGCAUCCCGGCAGGCAUCUCCGCACUCUCCUCGCUCUCCGCUCUGCGAGCGGACUACAACCUUCUGACCGGCUCCAUCCCGGCUGCUAUCGGCAAGCUCACUAACCUAACCCAACUGAGCCUGGUGUAUCUCGAGUCGACUCAGGAUUCGCCCUGUUCUCUCCUCUCUCUCCCCCCUUACUAUCCCCCAUCACACAGCGACCUGCGGGGCAACAUGAUUGCAGGAUCCAUCCCCUCGCAACUCAGCACCCUCUCUCUCCUCUACCGCCUCUGGCUUCAAAGCAACGCGCUCACAAGACCAAAUCCCUCCUCCCUCUCCCUUCCCUUUUUUGUUUCACGCUUGUCCUUGUCGCCCCUGUCGCCCGUCUCACCCCGCUCGUUGCUACAGCUCUCUACAGAGCAACGCUCUGACAGGACCCAUUCCCUCCACCCUCUCCCUACCGGGCCUCAGACACCUGACAACAACGCACUCUCUGGACCCCUGCCAUCAACCCUGGGGAAUCUCACUUCCCUCGCCCCAUCUCUCUCCCAAUGCCCCUUCCUCAUGCCCUCCCCGUGCCCCUGCUCCAUUCCUCAUGCCCUCCCCGUGCCCCUGCUCCAUUCCUGCCCCCACAGUGCUCUGGACAACAACGCACUCUCGGGAUCAGCAUGCAACAACCGCCUCUCCUCAUCCCUCCCCGCGUCCCUCUCUGCUCUUAUUCUCCUUCAACACUUAGAUCUCUCGCGCAACCUCCUCUCAGGCUCCAUCCCUGAAGGCCUCUCUUCUCUGCAAGAACUCUCCUCGCUGCUACUCAACGGCAACUCCUUCCAAGGGCCCAUCCCAUCCGCCCUCUCCUCCCUCGUUUCUCUCUACGAAAUAGACCUGUCGGCCAAUCAGCUGUCGGGAACCCUCCCUCCCAUCUUCACCAGCUCCAUGCCUGACGUCAGCAUCAUCCGUUUGAGUCAGAACCAGUUGCACGGCUUCUUGCCAACGUCACUUGCAACCUGCUCUCUGCUGCACACGCUUGACAUUGCUGCGAAUGCCUUCACGGGUGCGCCCGCUACCCUCAUCAGCCGCCUCUCGUCACUUGUGGAACUCAACCUAUCGCGCAACUACUUCACGGGUCUCCUCCCAUCGCUCCCCUCUGCCGCAUCUCUCCUCUCUCUGGACCUCUCCUCCAACUUCUUCUUCGGCCCCGCCGUCCCCCUCGAUGCCUCCGGCGCCCCCAUCUGCCCCUCGCUCUCCCUCACCGUCCGCACCGCCAACAACUGCCUCACCUUUGACGCUUCCGUCUGCGAUGCUGCUGGUGAUGGUGAUGGGGCUGUUGCGACGAGAAGCGCGGAUAUGAUGAGCAGCAGCGGUAGUGGUGGUGGUGGUGGUGGUGAUGGUGGUUCUUCUGGCAACGUUUGGAUCAGCUCUGUAAGGGACACUGGUAGCAGCAGCGCGAGGGUUACUGCUCAGAGCAUUUCCACUAGCAGUAGCACCAUUAGCAGCAGAAGCAGAGCUAGGGCUGCUGAUGAAGAGAGAGCGGGCUUUCUUGGACACAAGGAGAGGGCGGAGAUGGUGGGGCGUGAAGAGAAGAGGAGAGAAUCGCUCCCAACUCACACCACCACCACUGCUAACCUUAUUCCCUCCUCUCCUCAUGUCCUCGCCUCUGGGUCAUCUCUUGAACACAGCGUGGGAGGGGUCUUGUUUGGACACAAAGAGAGGGCCAUUCGAGGGCGUGAAGAGGAGAAGAGGGAACGGCAGCCUGGGUCUAGCGUUGAUGCCCCCACUGCUCAUCUGAUUUUUGAGUCGACUCAAAAAUCAACUAGCGUUGAUGCCCCCACUGCUCAUCUGGUAGCGACUCUUGAGUCGCCUCAACAGCAGCAGCAUGCUCAGGCCACCACUGCCGACCUUGAAGCUUCCUCUCCUCAUGUCCGCCCCUCCCUGCCUUCGUUUGAAGAGCAAUUGCGCGCCGCUUUUCUCGGGCACAGGGAGAGAGCGGAGAUGGUAGGGCGUGAGGAGAAGGAGCAGCAGAAGCAACAGGUAGCACCUUGGGAGGCGCAUGAGGGGGAGAUGACCUCUGGUGCUGCCACUACUGACCAUCUCGCCUCACAAGACAACGAAGGAAGGCUGGAAUUUCCAGGGCACAGGGAGAGGGCGGAGAUGCUGGUCCGUGGAGAGAAGGAGCAGCGGGAGCAGCAGGCAGUACGAGCUGAGGAGUAUCAGGGGGAGAUGGCCUCUGGUGGCGACCUUUUCCAUGCAGCCACCCACGAUGAUGAGAACAGGGCUGCUUUUUCCGGGCACAGGGAGAGAGCAGAGAUGGUAGGGCGUGAGGAGAAGGAGCAGCAGAAGCAACAGGCAGCUUUUGAGGCGCCUCAAAAGGAGAAGGAGCAGCAGGUAGAGCUGUGGGUGGUACCAGAUGAGCAGAGCUCUGGUGCUGUGCUCGGCCGUGCGGCAUUGCAUGAAGAGGGGAGGGGAGAAGGAACAGGGUUUCGUGGAGGGAACAGAGACAGCUCUCAUGCCCACGCCCAUGGCCAUGGCCAUGCCCCUGCCGACGGCCAUGCCCCUGCCGAUGGCCAUGCCCCUGCCGACGGCCAUGCCCCUGCCGACGGCCAUGCCCCUGCCGACGGCCACGCCCACGCCCACGCCCAUGGCCAUGGCCAUGCCCCUGCUUCGCAUGUGUCGCAUGCGCAUGUGCAAGCGGCAUUCCAUGAUGGUGAAAAGCGGGCUGCCGUUUUGAAACAUGGACACGGCCACGACCAUGCUUUGCAUGCAUCUCAUGUGCUGCCCUCUGAUGAAGAGGUGACUUUUGUUGAGUCCACUCAACAGCCACCUCGUUUUUCCGAGUCCGGGCAUCUCCACGCGCACGUCGGGCAUCUCCACGCGCACGCGCCAUCCGAUGAAGAAGAAGCGCCGCUGGCGGCAGCAGUGGGGAAGCACAAAGAGAAGGACGAGGAGGAGAGUGUGGACCAUAGACGCCGCUCCGUUCACCUGCCCACGCACGCCCAUGUGUCACAUGUGCAUGUGGUGUCUCACCCAUCGCACGUGCAUGUGCCGUCCCAUCAUGUCGAUACACUGCUGCCGUCGUGGCACAGAGAGAGGGCGGAGGAGGUGGUUGGGCACAGAGAGAGGGCGGAGGAGGUGGUGGGGCACAGAGAGAGGGCGGAGGAGGUGGUGGGGCACAGAGAGAGGGCGGAGGAGGUGGUGGGGCACAGAGAGAGGGCGGAGGAGGUGGUGGGGCACAGAGAGAGGGCGGAGGAGGUGGUGGGGCACAGAGAGAGGGCGGAGGAGGUGGUGGGGCACAGAGAGAGGGCGGAGGAGGUGGUGGGGCACAGAGAGAGGGCGGAGGAGGUGGUGGGGCACAGAGAGAGGGUGGAGGAGGUGGUGGGGCACAGAGAGAGGGCGGAGGAGGUGGUGGGGCACAGAGAGAGGGCGGAGGAGGUGGUGGGGCACAGGAGACCGCGGAAACGACAGCAAGUGGAUCCCCCUUCCGAUGCGGCUCUCCGGCCUGCUCCCGCCCGGCCUGCUCAUGCCCAUCCGGCUUCCCUUGCAGAUGACGAGGAGGAGGGUUUGUUGAGACACAGAGAGAGGAUGGAGUUGGUGGGGCAUGAGAGGAAUCAAAGGGCUUCUGCUCCUGCCCUCGCCUAUCUGGCUUCUGUUGGCAAUGAGGGGGAAGAGGGCUUGUCGAGACACCAAGAGAGGAUGGGCCUGCUAGGGUAUGGGGGGAAGCGGAGGAAGCAACAGAGGGGGGUGCAAUUAGAGGGGGUGAGACUAGAGGGGAUGCGGGAGGGGAGGAUGGUGGGAAGGGGAGUGGGAGGGGGGAUGAGGCGGACAGGGGGGAAGUGGGGGAAGUGGAUCAACCACAGCAUGGGGAAUGAGCUGCUGGGUCCCAGCGUGAUUCAACAGCAGCGGCCCGCCUCCCAGUGCCUCAGCUUCUGUGGCACGAGCUUCAGCCCUCUUGGGAAUGGUGUGAGCUCGCAAUCCCUCACUGGGGCUACCAGUGGUGCUAACAGUGGGGCUAACAGUGGGGUUAUCAACGCCCAGUGUGGGAACAGUGCUGGGACGUGCCUGGCCACUGUCACACACCCUCCCCCUCCUGUAGCCACUGUGGGAGGGGCAGGAGCUGGGAAAAGGGCGGGAGUGGGGGGGAAGCAGCAGGGGCAGCAGCAGCAGGUGCAGGUUGUGUUUGGGUGCACGUGCCCUUCCUCGAGAUACGUGCUGUCUGCUGAUCGCAUGACGUGCACCCUGAAAGCAAGCCCACCGCCACCGCCCCAGCCACCUUCCCCCCCCUCCCCUCCUUCUCCUCCACCCUCCCCACCCUUCCCCCCUCCUUUCCCACCCUCCCCACCUUCCCCAUCCCCCCCUCCUCCUCCACCCCCCACCCCUCCAACGCCUCCCACUCCGUCCACUCCUUUCCCUCCACCCUCCCUCACCCUCUCUCCUCCUUCGCCUCUCUCACGUCCCCCAUCAUCCCCCUCCCCCCUCCCCUCCGCCACACCCAAUCCCCCUUCGCCUGCUCAAUCCCAGGCUCCCCCGUCACCUCCCCCUCCCCCCUCCCCUCCGGGAGCAACAGCUGCAGCAACUCCUCCUGUUCCCGCUCCACCCUUCCCCCCAUCACCUCCCCUCUCUGCCUCCCCUCCCCUCUCCUCUCCCCUGCCACCAUCUCUAUCACUCCCACCCUCCCCUCCCAAUACGCCCAAUGCACCCCCCGCCCUCGCUCCUAUCUCACCCCCCUCCCUCGCUCCUAUCUCACCCCCCUCCCUUGCUCCUAUCUCACCCCCCUCCCUCGCUCCUAUCUCACCCCCCUCCCUCACUCCUGACCCACCACCCUCCCCACCUUCUCCUCCUCUCUCUCCCCCCUCCCCUCCCAAAGCAACAGCUCCUCCGCUUCCCUCGCCUCCCUUCCCCCCAUCACCCCCUCUUUCUGCCUCACUCUCUCAGCCUCCUCCCAUCCCCUCAUCACUAUCACCCCUACCUUCCCCCACCAAUGCUCCAGAUACACCACCCUCCCUCCCUCCUCUCUCUCCCCCCUCGCCUCCUGAAGCAACAACGCCUCCCUUCCCCCCACCUCCCUUUUCCCCAUCACCUCCGCUUUCUGACUCUCCUCCCCUGUCCACUCCCCCACUACCAUCACCCCCACCCUCCCCUCCCACCUCUCUUCCUCCUCCCCCUCCCCCCUCCCCUCCUGAAGCAACUCCUGCGCCUCCCUCCCCCCCUUCCCCCCCUCUUUCUGCCUCCUUUUUCAUGUCCCCUGUCACCCAAUCACCUCCUCCCUCACCUCCCCACCCACCGCCCUUCCCCCCUCCUUAUCCUCCUCCCUCACCUCCCAAUUCCCCACCCUUUUCCCCUCCCUCCCCACCCGAUUCCCCACCCUCCCCCCCUCCCUAUCCGCCUCCCUCCCCACCCGAUUCCCCACCCUCCCCCCCUCCCUAUCCUCCUCCCUCCCCACCACCCUAUCCCCCUCCCCUUCGUCCUCCCUCCCCUCCCCAACCACCACCCUCCCCUCCUCUCCCUCCCCCCUCCCCUCCACAACCACCACCCUCCCCUCCACCUCUCCCUCCCCCAUCUCCUCCCCAACCACCACCCUCUCCCCCUCCUCAACCUCCACCCUCCCCGCCACCUCUUGCUCCGCCUGUUAUGCUUACCCGAUGGGAAUGCUACUAUCAAAACCGCGAUACAGGGUGUUCCUGUAGCUGUACCAAUGGAAAUCAAUGUUACUGUACAGUUUGA